UCUCGAUCAUCUUACCUCGCAAGCCAGAUUGAAUCGAUUGUCAUCAUUGUCAGACUUCAAUCACCCUCUUUCAUCGGCCAGAUUAAAUCGAUUACUAUCAUCAUGAAGACUUCCGGCUCCUUCGCAACCUUAUGGCUCCUAAUUCUCGCCAUCAUAAUUUCCCUUAUAUCCAUUGCAAGCGCAAAUGAUGACGCACCAGUCACUGUCAAAGUCUACUUUGACAUCGAGCACGAAGGAAAGGAUGUUGGCCGCAUUGUUAUGGAACAGGCUACUUGCCAAGGAUUGGAGUACGAGGUCAAAGAUGGAAUUUACCCGCAAGGUCUUCCACCCUCUGUAAAGAUUGAAGCUAAGAGAGCCAGAUCACCUGAUGAGGUGAAAAUAUUUCUUCGACUUGACAGCACAGGGCAAAGUGAUAAUGAAGGUAUGUGGUUCAAUGCGUUACGAUAUGCAAAAGAUGGUUUGCCUCCGGCGCAAUUUGGCGCUACAUUCAAGACAUUCAAGGUGGAAUGCGAAAUCUUGAUGAAGAAAGUUAAGUCGACAAGAUGUUGUCGCCCCAUAGCAAAGAUUUGA